GUGAAGAUUACAAAUCUUAUUUCAAUUUUAAAGUCCACUUUGACUCCACUUAUCGCUUCUCGUCGCGAAGACAUCUGUAGCUUCGCCUUCCGUGCAGACCAUCAUUACCAAAGUCUGGAAUAUUAACCUGGACUUCCUCUAGUCCCUUCGGUCUUCUCUCGGUUAUUCCGCAGAAAUUGUUGAACUGUUGUUUCGAGGAAAUUGGAAGAACCCAAGUGCACCUUAUCAUGCCUGCAGGGCGGCUUUAUUGCACGUCUUGUACGACUCCGUACAAUCUUACCAAUAUCACCUCAAAAUAUGGGUCUAGCAAAUUCUCCGAGCUGCCUGCUGGCCUUACCCGUCUUCUCCAGACCAAUGAACCGCCGCCCUAUCAAGACCUUCUCUCUCAUCGAACAUCCCUAAAACUCGUUCAUGACGUACUCUCUGAUAUCGAUGACUUGAAGGCAUGGCGUGAGCGUAUCGUGCUGAGAGAACAGCAGUAUCAGUCGCUCUUAUCCCCAGCCCGACGUUUGCCAAACGAAAUUCUGCGAGAAAUUUUCCUGUGCACCAAAGAGAUCGCAGGGGAAUAUGAUCUCUUCGAUACAUCGGUAGGUCCAUGGGUCCUAGGGGCGGUAUGCCAGUCAUGGAGAUAUGUUUCAACGACAAAGUGCCCUGAGAUUUGGACCGGUUUCGGGAUUACCGUGUGGGGGCUUCAUAAGAGAGAACCCAGGGCCCCUGUCUCUCUCCUUAAGACUGCCAUUGGGCGUACAGGCAAUAAGGACAUUGACUUUUCAUUCGAUUGCAUUUUGGUAGAGACAUGCAAUAGCAAUGUCUCCAGACUAUUCUUCGAAGUCCUACAAGAAUCACCACGUUGGGCAGUCGUGAGACUCUUUCUGCACAAGAAGCUCUUAUCGCCCCUCCGACAGGUUGUAGAGCCAUUUUCCCGCCUAUCAGCGCUCGCCUUUGGAAUUAAAAAUCUGGCCCCCAUCGAUAACGUGAAUCUUGAUGUAUUCGAGGACUGUCCUAAUCUCAGCGUUGUUCAUCUUCUCAGCUCUCCCUGCCCUACCCGUCUUUCGAUCCCAUACUCCCAGCUUACGUCUUUUAGCGAUAUCGUGACAAAGGGCACUGAGACUCUCCACGCGCAUUAUCUUGACAUCAUUCGUCAAUCGCCUCAUCUCCGAACGAUAUCGCUGCCGUAUAGCAUCCCCCCCACGCAUCCGUUUGCAACCCCUGCCGAAGACACCCGUAUCAUUCACAAUUCCAUUCAAGAGCUUUCCAUUGCAGAGAAUCUUCUGUUCGUUGCCUUGCAGCUCCCCCAGCUCACAAUAUUACACGUAGGCACGAGCACUUUUUUUAACCGAGACGGAGGUACGACCCUCACCAAUAUAGCUGGAAUGCUGGAGGCGUCAAAAUGCUCACUUACGGAGCUAUCCCUGACGAACAUACCAAUAACGCAUAAUAUUCUUGCCAUUCUGCAACUCUCACCUCUCCUCUCCACGUUGAAGUUCUUGUUCACUGAUUGGUGUCAGUCAUCGGUAGCGGCCCGCCUGAAGUUGGACGAUCUUUUGAUUAAGCUAGCUCUGUACACGCAUGGGAGCGGGUACAAUUUUGUUCCGCAGUUGGAGACUUUUGACGUUUCCAUUUGCGAAGAGCAUGAUUUACAUGUUGGUUUCAUCUCGCCGAAGCUCGUGGACAUGGUCUUGUCCAGAUGCUUAAAGCAUGAUGCAUCGCCACUAAAGGGGGUGAACGUUAAUAUCAGUGUGCCAAAGCUCGAUGAGGAGUUAUGGUACAUGAAUACAGAUCGGAUGCAGGAGCUGAGAGAAUGCGGAGAAAGGGGGGUUACCAUCGACCUUGCGGUCCAGGAUAACGAAAAGCAGGUAUGGAAAUAUGUCUGAGUACCUAGUAUACAGAGCGGGUCUUAUUCGUCCUAUAUUCAUGCCAGUCUUACGGCCUUAUGCCUCUAUCAAUCACACAGUUCUAGCUUUGCGG